AAAUCGACCUUCACCCUGCAGGUGUACAGGGAGCUGGCAGAGCCCCGGGUGAGCUGCGAGGCCCAGAACUGCUCGGGCGGGGGCUGCCGCUACGCCCUGCGCUGCUCCGCGCCCGGCCCCGGCCUGGGCAGCGUCUCCUACGGCUGGAGCCAGGGGGAGCAGCCCCGGGGAGAGGGGCCCACGGUGCUGCUGGAGGAGUCACCCCCGGGCGGGUCCGUGUCCCUCACGUGCCGGGCACGGAACCCCGUCAGCAACAGCAGCGUCACCGUCUCGCCCGGGCACCUGUGCGCAGGAAAUACAACCCACCCUCUCCCCACUGCCUCCGCCUCCGCCCCUCUGGCCGCGAUCGUCGCCGGUGCCCUGGCGGUGACCGGGGUCGUGGCGCUUUUGGCCACCGUGUUCUACUGCAGAUCCAGAGGCUGGAGGAUGUUCCGUCUGUCUGCAGCCGAGGCCACGGACACAGGGCCCAGGCAGGACCUGACCACCGUGUACGCCCAGGUGAACCCCUGGCAGCAGAACGUCCCGAACACGACGAGAGACAACCCGAGGGGGGAGAACUCCACAACCAUCUACGCCACGGUCAAGGCGCCAGCACAGACGGACGACGAGAAGAUGGGCAGCACCGUGCUGGGGGGGCAGGAGGUGGAGGAGAAGAGCAUCUACUCGCUGGUUGUGUGAAGGACCCCCCAGCUCGGCUCCAGCACAGCUCCCCAACCCGGCCCGAGCCUGGAGCUCCUCCUCCCUUCCCUCCACCCUCGGCAGCGGGUCCUGCGAGGGCGCAGG